GCCUUAUCCCUCUUAUCGAGCGUCGCCACCGCCUAUAAGCCCGCAUACCGAGACACUUUAUCACCGGGGAAUCCAUUUCUGCCACCACAGGUGCCGUUGGAGGAACCGAAAGACCUGUUUGGGAAGCAUGAGUUUACCCUUCGUCACAUCUUCCACCGAGGGACGCACGAACACCCCGACCUACACAAGAGGCUCGAUAUUAAACCGGAAACUCGACUGCUGGCGAUAUCCGAUGAUGGAUUGGAGGAUGGAUUGUAUGCUGCGGAUACAUCGCUGGUGGCCCUGUCCAGUCCUGUAACGAUUCAGCGACUCGCCGACCGACGGUUGCCUGUGAUUGAAGAACACUUAUUGGCGGCAAGGGCUAGCGGGUCUGCGGUCACGCUGUCCCCGUCGGCUUGGGUGAUGGACACUCUUGCAGGCCCCGAUGUGACGCAUAAGGAGAGUGUCUUGACCUUCGCCAAGAUGACAUCGAAUGACUAUAUCGAGGUCCCUGACACCGAGGACUGGCAGGACAUCCAUGGCCACUUCAACUACUCGAGCAGUUUUGGAUGGCAGGGGGAUGGACUUCGAGGCCAUAUCUAUGCAGACAAGACAAAUAGUACCCUGGUGAUCUCUCUCAAGGGCACAUCGCCUGCAUUAUUUGACGGUGCCGGUACUACGACGAACGACAAGCUCAACGAUAAUCUGUUUUUCAGCUGCUGCUGUGGCCAAGGAGGCUCCUAUCUCUGGAGACAAGUGUGUGACUGUCAGUCGUCUGCCUAUACAGCAAACCUGACUUGUAUUGUCGAAGCCAUGUCUGAUGAGAAUCGGUACUACCGGGCGGCCAUCGACCUGUACUCGAACGUGACGGAGCUUUACCCCAAUGCCAACGUCUGGCUGACCGGCCACUCGCUCGGGGGUGCCAUGACAAGUCUACUGGGUCUUACGUUUGGUUUGCCUGCUGUGACGUUCGAGGCUGUUCCGGAAGCGCUACCUGCAGCACGCCUGGGUCUACCCGCUCCACCAGGCCAUGACCCGCUUCUUCCUCAGAAACGGCGCUAUACGGGGGCGUACCACUUCGGACACACGGCAGACCCCAUCUACAUGGGCACCUGCAAUGGCGUUAGUUCAGUCUGCACAUGGGGUGGUUAUGCCAUGGAGUCGGCCUGUCACACUGGUCAGAUGUGCGUCUACGACACCGUCGAGGACAAAGGCUGGCGUGUCGCGAUCGGGACGCAUCGAAUCAAAGCCGUCAUCUCCGAUGUUCUCGAGGUUUAUGACAGUGUUCCCUCGUGUGUGGCCGAAGAGGAAUGUUUCGACUGCGAGCUGUGGAAGUACUUUAAGAGCAACGGCUCGGAAAUCACCACCACCACUACCACGACAACAACGGUCACGACGAGUAGCCCGAGCCUGACCAGGACGUCAACCUGCAAGACACCUGGCUGGUGGGGAUGCCUUGAUGAGACAACCACCACCACCACCUCUACGUCGUCAACGAGUACUACCACGACGACCACAACGUGCAAAACACCCGGAUGGUUCGGAUGCAAGGAUCGUACUACUACUGCUACGGCUACGCCCGCACCAUCACUGCCCACCACGAUCCCUACAUCAACGUCAUGCUUGGAUCCCGGCUGGUUCGGCUGUCGCGAUGAACCCACAACACAGACAACCAUCCCCUCCACAACGACAUCGACUACCUGCCGCAACCCCGGAUUCUUCUGGGGAUGCCAUGAUAGAAGCUCUCUGGAGACACCUGCAAUCACCUCCGCCCCG